AGCACGGCUAGGACGCAGGGACAAUGAGGAGGAGUCGUGCUCCCAGCCAGGUCGCUAAGCGGCGACAAGCAGAAGGUUCCGGGGUGGACGGAGAGUGGACCGGCCCAUCAGAUAAAAGAAGAAAAAGUGACAAUGAGAAGAGAGAAAGCCAUAUUUGUCCCUUCAGAAAGCCUCUGACCCAGCUGAAUAACCGGCCUGCAUGUAUGGAUGGUGACAAACAUGAGGCAUUUAUUCGAAGUAUCCUCUCCCAGCCAUUUAAAAUUCCUAUUCCAAAUUAUACAGGCUCACUGGGAAUCAGGGCACUAGGUCUGAAGCGUGCAGGAGCAAGGAAAGCACUUCAUGAUCCCUUUGCAGAAGAUGCCUUGGUCCUUUAUGAGCCUCCAGCUCUAAGUGCUCACGACCUGAUCAAAGCUGAUAAAGAAAGACUACCAGUCCAUGUUGUUGUGGAUCCAGUCCUUGGAAAAGUGCUCAGACCCCAUCAGAGAGAGGGGGUGAAGUUCCUGUGGGAGUGUGUGACAGGCCGACGCAUCCCAGAAUCGUAUGGCUGCAUCAUGGCCGAUGAGAUGGGCCUGGGAAAGACUUUGCAAUGUAUCGCCCUCAUGUGGACUCUGCUACGCCAAAGCCCUGAUGCUAAGCCAGAGAUAGACAAAGCCAUUGUGGUUUCACCUUCUAGUCUGGUGCGCAACUGGUAUAAUGAAGUAGGAAAGUGGCUGGGAGGACGCGUUACACCGGUGGCUAUUGACGGAGGUUCAAAAGAGGAAAUUGAUAGACAACUAGUGAACUUCACCUCUCAGCACGGUUUGAGAGUACCGACCCCAAUCCUCAUCAUUUCAUAUGAGACAUUUCGCCUGCAUGCUGAGGUUUUGCACAAGGGCAAAGUUGGACUCAUCAUCUGUGACGAGGGCCAUCGGUUGAAGAACUCGGACAACCAAACAUAUCAGGUCCUGAAUGCCAUGAGUGCCCAGAAGAGAGUGUUGAUAUCAGGCACUCCCAUCCAGAAUGACCUGCUGGAGUACUUCAGCUUGGUGCACUUUGUUAAUGCUGGAAUACUUGGCACAGCUCAGGAGUUUAAAAAGCGAUUUGAACUUCCCAUCCUCAAGGGUCGGGAUGCAAAUGCCAAUGAUAAAGACAGACAGAGUGGAGAAGAGAAGCUCAAGGAGCUGAUCAGCAUUGUCAACAGGUGUUUGAUAAGAAGAACAUCAGAUCUCCUGUCCAAGUAUCUUCCUGUAAAAAUUGAACAGGUUGUGUGUUGCAGGCUGACUCCUCUACAAACAGAGCUCUAUAAGCGUUUCCUGAGGCAGGCCAAACCCAUUGAGACAGUACAAGAAGGCAAAAUAAGUGUCUCCUCCCUGUCUUCCAUUACAUCGCUCAAGAAACUGUGCAAUCACCCAGCUCUCAUCUAUGACAAGUGUGUGGAGGGCGAGGAGGGCUUUGAGGGGGCACUGGAUCUGUUUCCUCCUGGCUACUGCACCAAAGCUGUGGAGCCUCAGCUCUCCGGGAAAAUGCUCGUUCUUGACUACAUUCUGGCAAUGACAAGAACUACAACUAGUGACAAGGUGGUGCUUGUCUCCAACUACACUCAAACGCUGGACCUCUUUGAAAAGCUGUGCAGAUCUAGAAGAUACCUCUAUGUUCGACUGGAUGGCACUAUGUCCAUCAAGAAAAGGGCUAAGAUCGUGGAAAGAUUCAAUAGUCCAUCUAACCCCGAGUUUAUCUUUAUGCUGAGCAGCAAGGCUGGUGGAUGUGGCCUCAAUUUGAUUGGUGCUAAUCGCUUGGUGAUGUUUGAUCCUGACUGGAACCCAGCCAACGAUGAGCAGGCAAUGGCUCGGGUGUGGAGAGAUGGCCAGAAGAAAAGCUGCUACAUUUACAGACUGCUCUCUACUGGGACGAUUGAGGAGAAGAUACUGCAAAGGCAGGCCCAUAAGAAAGCUCUGAGCAGCUGUGUGGUGGAUGAGGAGCAGGAUGUGGAACGUCACUUCUCUCUGGGUGAACUCCGAGAACUCUUCACUCUUGACGAAGAGACGACCAGCGACACACAUGACAAGUUUCGCUGUCGUCGGUGUGUGAAUGGCAGAGAGGUCCGGCCUCCUGCAGAUGAUUCUGACUGUACCAGUGACUUUUCCCAAUGGAACCACUGCUUUGACAAGAAGGGCUUGAGGGACCCGGUGUUGAAAGCCUCCUGGGACGCCGCCAUCUCUUUUGUCUUCCACCAGCGCUCUCAUGAGGACCAGCGGGUAGUAUAGCAGGAGGAACACAACAAGCUUUCUAUUAUGCUAUAUGUACUAUAUAUACUGAUAUUUAUUUGUUGCUGCGUUUUUCUGUUGUUUUUUUUACGAAAACAGAAAAUAAAGGAGAAUGAU